AUGCUAUCUACUACCCAGCUAUAUAAGAAAGCAGAGUUCAAAGCUAAAUGGGAGAUGGCAUUCUCGCCCCAUUUAAAUCACGUCACUACUGAGACCAAAUUGAUAUCUGCCUGUGGAGAAUGGCUUCAAAAAGACGACGACUCCGAGCAUCCAUUUUUUGCCGGGUUACUCUUCUGGAAAUCAGACACUCAAGCGAAUUCUCCCCAGCUACUUCGAGAGGCCAACGUUCAUAACGUCGCAGACCAUUUAGAAAGGCUCGUGGAGGAUGCAACAGAGGUCAUUUCAGUUUACACAAGUCAGCUCAACCAUCUAUCUUGUGAUUUCUUUGGGCUGCGACCAUAUGAUCCUGGUCCGGAUUCCGUGCAGUUUCAAACUGAGCACCAACUAUUCAAAACACCCGUGAAGCCUAAGUAUAACGUGGAUAAAUCGAAAGAUAUAAACGGCAAAGAUGAAUCUCAUUUAGAAAGCAUGAUGCAGGCGAGAGCUGCUGAGCGUAUUGCCGUUGCGCCUGCAGGUGUUUGGUACCCUAUGGGAGUCAUUUCCCAAUAUUACUUGCCUCCGCAGCCAUAUUCUAGCUUUAAGGCUAAUAUCGAAAUGAUCUCUUUCUUUGUUCAGACUGGAAAUGAACGGCUAGCGACCUCAUUUGCAAAUCUUCGGAAGAACCUUUUGGGGCUGAGCGAUUGCCCCCAGCUCGUCUGGGGAAAGAAUCAGAGCAACAAAGAGGAAAACGAUAACAUCCUGCUUUUCAUUAAUCUCAAGAAGUCCAAGCAAUCCGAAGAAGAAACCGAGGCGCAAAUUGAAAGAUAUAUUCAGAAAUUCUUGAAUGAAAAUGGCGGUAUUAUACAGAAUUUAUCUCAUAGAAGGAUUGUCGGUCCAGAGCGAUUAGACAUUCUUCGUAAUAUGGAAAUAACCACAUUUGAUGUUCCGGCCAACGACUGGCUCUCGUUUGGAUAUGCUUAUUCUAAUUACAUGCGCCAUGGAUGGGUUCCUGGCAAGCAAGCUGAAACGGCGCAAUUUGGUUCGAUGUUUCAUUGUAAGAAGGAAGGAGCCCGGGAAGAAUGGUAUAGCGAUUUCGCUAAGCGAGCUCAAACCGAGUACGAUCUCCUGGGUCAUAUUGUUGAUUGGCUGCGGACUCUAUCGACGAGGAUCAGUGUGCAAUAUGUGGCAUUCGAAUUGGAAGAUUAUUGGAUGACUGCAGACAAGUUGGAAAAAGAGAGGUUGGAAAAAGAAGCUUCUCGGAUAGCUGCAGAAAAGUUGGAAAAGGAGAGGCGCGCACAAGCAGUUGUCCCACCGUCUAUCUUUGACGUGCCCUGGGCUAAUAAACCAAAAAUGCCCCGGCCUUCUUAG